AUGGAGUGGCUGAAGCAAAAGCCACUUGUCGGCUUUGGGUUCGUCUGGUCAGCCUGGACAAUGCUUCACAACGCCGUGACCAUCAGACUCAACAGAAUGACCCAGACGGCUUUUCUAUCUCCACUGCUGACGUUCUUUGUGGAUGCCUUAGCCAACAUCCUGGCCACUGA